AUGGCCUCCAGGCGGCCGGACAGCUUCGAUGGGCUCGGUUACCGGGGCCGCGAUGAUCCGCUGUACGGAGCCAGCUACCCGCUGAGGAGCGCCGGAGCCCCAACGGAGCUGCAGCAGCACUGGGUCACCACGCCGCCGGACAUCCCCGGCAGCCGCAACUUGCACACCGGAGAGCGGACACCGCAGCAUGACGAGCAACUGGGAGAGCACGGAGGUCGCGGAGUCGCAGGCGGCUGGGACGCCCCGCAGCCCGGCGUACCACCUGGCGAGCAGAUGAAUCGAUUUGCCGGCUUUGGAAUCGGACUCGUCAGUCUGUUCACAGAGAACGUCCUCUCUCACCCGUGUAUUGUCUUCCGCAGACAGUGUCAGGUGAACUACCAUGCCCGCUGUUACCACCUGACUCCGUUCAGCACCGUCUCCGUCAUGUACGCCUUAACCAAGGCUCAGGGUGUGAAGUGUCUGUGGAAGGGGAUGACCAGCACGUUCAUCGUUCACGGCAUUACACUGGGCGCCGAAGGCAUCAUCAGCGAGUUCACACCGUUACCACGGGAUCUUCCACACAGAUGGACCAUGAAACAGCUAGCUGGACAUUUCCUACUUAAAGGGUUAACAGCUGUGGUUGCGCUUCCGUUUUACUGUGCCAGCCUCAUCGAGACAGUCCAGAGCGAAAUUGUGCGUGAUGAAUCAUCGUCCGGUCUGCUCGACUGCAUCCGUGAAGGUGUGGCUCGACUGUUGGGUGUAGGUGCUCCCCACAGUCGGCGUCUGCUCCCUCUCAGCGCUCUGCUGGUUCCUGCUGCGCUGCACGCCAUCCUGCGCUACGUCGUCAUGUCCUGCGUGCAGCGACUGGUGCUCUGGCUGCACCAGCGCACGAAGAAGCAGUGGACGGAGCCGUCCAACCCACUGGACAACUACUUCCCUGAGCUUGCUGCAGCGUGGGCAGGCGCUCUUGUGGCGGACGUGCUCGUGUUUCCCCUAGAGACGGCGCUGCACCGCCUCAGCCUGCAGGGCACACGCACCAUCAUUGAUGCCACAGACGGCGUGGUUGCCGUUGGAAACGGUAACAGUCCACUGGUCAUGCCGGUCAACACGCAAUACGAAGGCUUCUCCGAAUGCCUCCACUCCAUCCGCCGCAGGGAGGGCGUGGCUGGCUAUUACCGAGGCUUCGGGGCGCUAGUGACGCAGUAUGCACUGCAUGGAGCUCUGCUAGCGGCGGCGAGGACUGUGCUGAGACUGCUGCUGCUGGAUGGGAGGCUCAGCUAAAAGUGUUGCUAUGGAGACGAGGCGUGACCUUCAACAGAGUCAGCUGGUCGACAGGAAGUGUCUAGUGGAAAUUUCACUAACAACUGCCAAGUGACACCAUGGCAGCCAUAAAGCUCUGCCACCCCUGAUUGACUCCAUCUGUUGCUAUAGUAACAGCCCCCCCAUGUCUCAGCAGUUUGUGUCACUUCCUGCCAACAACGACAUGUCACAAAAGUAAAGCCAAGUCACUUCCUGUCCCAGCAUGACCUGUGCUUGUGUUUAAAUACUGAUUGGUCAUUGGACAGCUCAUUGGUCGUUCAGUUUAUUUGUAUAAAGUUGUAAAAAAAAUUAAAUAAAUGUAGCUUUAGAUUAAAUUAUUUGUGAUUGUUCACAUUCAUAUUCCUAUCAAAGGAAAGCACUGAUUUUACAAAAUAAACGAUAUAAUUUUGUCAAAAAUUUGAAACUGCACUUGAGCUUUUUGAAAAUUUGAAAACUCAAAUUAUCCAGUGUGUUAUUCUGUAAAUGAGUCAGCAGAAAUAAAGUAUCAUGUGAAACUGUU